UCCUGAGGUGUGUGUGUUCGUUUCUCAGGUAAAACAUGGCUAAAAGCUUAAGGAGUAAGUGGAAAAGAAAGAUGCGUGCUGAAAAGAGAAAAAAGAAUGCCCCAAAGGAGGUCAGCAGGCUUAGAAGUAUUCUCAAACUAGACGGUGAUGUUUUAAUGAAAGAUGUUCAAGAGAUAGCAACUGUGGUGGUACCCAAACCCAAACAUUGCCAAGAGAAAAUGCAAUGUGAGGUGAAAGAUGAAAUAGAUGACAUGAAAAUGGAGACUGAUAUUAAGAGAAACAAAAAGACUCUUCUAGACCAGCAUGGACAGUACCCAAUAUGGAUGAACCAAACGCAAAGAAAAAGGCUGAAGGCAAAGCAAGAGAAAAGAAAGGGGAAAAGCAAAGCAAAAGCAGUGAAAGUGGCAAAGGGUUUGGCCUGGUAGACUCUUAAAACCUUGGAAAAUGCCACAUGGGAUAGAUGACGGAUUAGAAUGUAUACACAUGUAUUCUUUGAUUUCAACUGCCACCAAAUGAAAACCAUUUGUUUUCCUAUUUUAACUUGGCCUUUUCUCUUCAAUUCAA